AUGUCAACACAUUCUUUUCUUCGAACAACGCCUUUUCCCUCAUUACGCCAAUCGCAUCCGCAGUCACAGCAAGCUCGCUGUGUGACGUAUGGGUCCGAAUAUCAGCCCUCGCAACGCAAACGCAAGCGCAAGCACGGAUUCCUCUCUCGCCUACGAACAAAGAAAGGUCGCCAGCUGCUCGCCAAAAGACGGAUGGCGGGAAGAAGAUUCUUGAGCCAUUAA